UGUUUCUUUUUAUCGCAUUUCAAGUAUUAAUCUCUACUACACAGGAAUCUAAAAAUGUCGGAUAAACAUUUCCAGGGUAUUGACUACUGUAUUUAAACUUACAACUGGUUUCUCAAACGCCAUAAGUAAUCAUUUUGCUGACAGAACAAAAUAAAGAUAUUAAGGCUUGGUAUCCAAAGAACUUCGUUCAGAACCAUGACGUUUCACAAAUGCUUUGGUUUAGUCUGCAUUGUAGUAAUGUUGGGCGAACUCCUGGUCGCUGGAGUCGUAACGUCCAGCGAAAAUGAUGAUGAAUAUUUAACACAAAAAGAAAUCAUAUUAGAAAAGUCAUAUCACGGUUUAAUUCGAGAAAACGAAACACUUGUAGAAAUAACUCCUCUUAUUAAAGUGAACGAAGAGAAAAUUUGCAACUUUCAUAUUCUCAAAAAGCCGUAUCAUGAAAUUCCGUUUGAGAUUGAAUUGGUUAAUAACCUAGGUAUUUUAAAAGCACGUCGACUGUUGAAUUGCGAGAAUCGCAAAAGUUAUCAUUUCGAAAUCGUUGCGGUUUACUGUGAUGGAACACCCUCGAAUACAGCCAAUGUUCAUAUUACUGUUAUCGAUGUAAAUGAGUAUGCUCCAACAUUCUUAGAACCGUCUUAUGUAACUGAAGUAGACGAGGGAAGACUUUACAACGAGAUCUUAAGAGUCGAAGCUUCCGAUAAAGAUUGCACUCCACUAUUUGGUGAUGUUUGCAAAUAUGAGAUUCUUAACAAUGAUGAGCCAUUCUCAAUAGAUAACGAAGGUUCAAUUAAAAACACUGAACCACUUUCUCACAAGGCUUCUCAUAACCAUAUUCUAUCUGUUGUGGCCUAUGAUUGUGCAAUGAAGGAAUCUGCAGCUAUUAUGGUCAGUAUUAAAGUUCGACGCGUUUGUGAAACAAAGUAUUCAGGCAUGCCAGAACGUAUUGAUUACACGUCUGGGAGCACUGAAAGUCUUCAAUUGUUUCCUAAUGCUCGUCUUGAUUUAUGUGACAUUUCUUGCAAGAAUGAAGACCUUAGGAUUCACUCUUCUAUAGCUCUUAAGACAAAGCACAUCUCAUUUGGGUGCGAUCGGGACAUAUCGAAUUGCACUGUAAGCCAAAAAGUGAAAGACCUUUUGCCACAUGGGGCAGAAUGGACUAAAGAGUUAAGCUAUGACGAAGGUGUAGAACCCAUAUUUCACUUUGAUGGGUCUACUGGAGUAGUAGUUCCUGCCACUGUUAUUGAACAUUACGAUUUUUCAUCACAAGCUUUCAGCAUUCUAACCUUGUUUCGACACAAUAGUCAGGGUGUGAAUAAUAAACAUGUUAAGGAGCAUAUUGUCUGCAGUGCGGACGACCACAAAAUGAACCGUCAUCAUAUGGCACUAUUCGUUCGCAAUUGUCGGCUUAUUUUUUUAUUAAGAAAAAAUUUUAACGAAGGUGAUUUAAAUAUCUUUAGUCCUGCUGAAUGGCGUUGGAAAAUACCGGAGGUCUGUGACAAUGAAUGGCAUCACUAUGUUCUUAGUGUUGAAGAUCCGUCCAAAGUUGAUUUAUUUAUUGACGGCGUACGUUUCGAAAAUUCUAUUGAAGAUCGUCAUAGCAACCCCGAAGUAAUUGACGACUGGCCCUUACACGCAGCUCAUGGAGUAAAUACUUCCUUAGCUAUUGGUGCCUGCUACCAAAGCUUGGAAAAUAGACUGAAACAUGGUUUUAAUGGAGAUAUUUCUGAGGUAAAAGUCUCCCUCAACAGUGUUUUGACCGCAGAGGACAUUAAAUGUGGAACCACCUGUGCUGAACAUUUAUUACCUCCAAAGCCGUUGCAAAGUAAUGAUGAAAAAUCGGAUUAUGCAAACACCCAUAUUAAAGAAAAUAUUGAAAUGAACGAAAUUUACAUUGCGGCGAAAAACAAAGAUGAUAUUGAACAAUUAAUGCGAAAAGUUCAGUAUAUUAAUAUUAAACAAAAGCCCACGGUAGGACGCCGAAACAUAGAAGUGCGUACAACGCUGACUUGUAAUAAUGAAAGUUCCCUUCGCUUGCCACCAAUUGAGACAUAUAUUAUGGUUAACGAACCGAUAGCUUCACUCGGCAUUGAUAUUGAUGUCGGCUCAACGUCGCUGGAAACCUCCGAUCAAUCUCCGCAAUCGAAUUUCCCCAAAAUAGCAAUAUCUGGGACUUCGAACAAGCUGGUAUCAUAUCAAGAAAUUAAAUUGGGAGUACACAUUUUGGAAAAGACUUGCAUUAACUCGCUAUCUAAAAAUAAUGGAAAAUUAGAGGAGAAAAAUCAUCUUGACUCCUGCACUGUUGUUGUAUUUCCUUCUUUGAAUCCCGAUCAUGAGGACAUUCAAAUAGAUGGGGACGAGUCAUUGUCUUCUAGUAUGGAUAUUAAGACCAAUAUUAAUAAGGAUGGUGUCGAAAUGAUUGGAAAGGAUACCAUUAGCAAUUAUAUAAAUGUGUUACGAUCCCUUGUGUACAGUAAUAAGAAACCUGCUUAUUAUCUUAACCGUGUUUUUAAGCUUUCUUGUGCCCAACAAAGUUCCCAGUACAAAAGCGGGGAAUAUACACUCACACUUACUGUAUUGCAUCCUAAACAGACAUUGUUUAAGUCAACAAAUGUACUUUCUUCUCCAUCUUUAUCUAAAGUAAAUUCGAUUAGCAACACCAAUACUGAAACAACAUUUCACCUAAACAGUGGUUCGAUAAAUAGCAAUGAUAAUCAGUCAACUGAUUCGAAGGUAUACUCAUAUUCCCUUCUGCAUACAAACAAUGUGCAGGAACCAAAAUCACACAUACAUUCUUUCGUACACAAAGCUGAAGGGUCACACGCUACAAUGCUUAUAAUUCUUGUAAGUGUUUUUUUGGCGGUAUUACUUUGUGGAGUCUCGAUUGCACGUUUAAAAAACAGCCAGAAAUAUAUUGAACGCCAUCAACCAUGUCCAAAAAUUUCCGAUGAUGGUUUAGUUUGGGAUGAUUCAGCAUUGACCAUAACUAUAAAUCCCAUACAAACAGAUGUUACAUCCGACGCGAGUUCUGAAUCAGAAAAUUCUGAAUCUGAGGAUGAUGAAGUUUUGAAGGACGGAUUCACCCACAUUAAUCAACUCGAAUGGGAUAACUCCAAUAUUUUCCAACAGUAAAUUACGUAAUGAAUAUUUUUCUCAACACUGGAUCUAAAAUAUGUAAAUGUGCUUAUAAAAUAUAAACCUUUAAAUCAACAAUAUGCAGAAGGUAAUAAAUGAGGUAUACACAGUCUGCAUGAAUUCAUGCACAUUUAUUUGUAAAGACGCGCAUUUAUAGUUUGUUUUGCAAUAAAACAUUUUUCUUGCAAUUGUUUAAUUGUAAAAACUAAGUCAGUGGAAGUGCGUAACACACCAUAUGCAUGUACGUAAAAUAAUAGCGCGAACAAAAAUAUAACUAAGAAAUAGUACAAUUAUUAUGUAACCAGCGCCGCUAGAUCCAUAAAUAAUAAAAGCUAUAGGCAUAAAAAUAUAUACACGUAAGAUCUUUUUAAUUUAUAGUUUGUCCAGCUCUGACCUAAAAAUGUAAAAUGCGCAUGUCUAAAUUUCAACUGCAUUCUGUCGAUAAUGCAUAAUAGGAGGUUUCUCCGUCCCAAUAAUUUAAGCCUAAAAUUUUAAUAUAACAAAUUUUGAAAAGAAUCGUAAUAGCCAAAAUUUGGAGUUAUUUAAUAAAGCUGAAGUUGUUAUUGA